AUGACGAGCAAAAUCGCCACUGUCGCAAACCUGGCAUUUCAUGUCUUCCGUGCACAUUCACUUCGUUCCAUGGCCAGACGUACAGAUGUGUCUUCAGAAAAUAAUAACAACAACGGCGUCCGACGAUUGUGCGCCUCUUCACCUGCCAACACUAGUGAAUCCGAAUCUCUCGACGAGAUUUCAUCAGAUGCCCUCAAAACCCUACUUACUAAUGUGAACGCCUUGACCUUAGAGGAUGUAGGAGUUGAUCGCGUGCAUGGAUUUGACUCCUCAUCCUUUGCCGCUCCCGUGAUUUAUGUUCACAUAACUGAAAAUGAGAUUUUCUCAAUGGGCAUGUUUGUUCUGCGACCGGGUUCACGUAUUCCCCUGCACAGUCAUCCGGGAAUGUUUGGCAUCAUUCGGGUAAUGCAGGGCGCUGUACGUUGUCAGAGUUUUACGCGCCUGAGCACUUCUCAACUGAGGGCGGUUGGUGGUCCUUUGACAGUCCUUUUGGCCCAGGGUGCCGCCAAAUGGCAGCUUUCUGACUUCACGGUUGCCCAACCGCACCAGGACACCUUACUCAACGUAGGCUGCGAACCCUGUGUCCUCACGCCGCACGCUGGCAACCUUCAUGAAUUGACAGCUGUCGACGGCACAGUUGUCUUUCUCGACAUUCUUGCGCCACCAUACAACCACGAUUUAGGCGCGAGGGAAUGUCUUUUCUACCGAGAGGUUGCCAUGCCGAUGGUGACGGCUGACCCGGCCACAUCCUCUUUUGUUUACCUAGUCGAGACUCACCAACCGAAAGAUUACUGGUGCGAGACCGCACCCUACCGCGGACCCAGCGUUUCGUAA